AAAUGCAACCCUGCGGAUACAAGUUGUGGACGUCAACAUAUCAGUACCCGGCUAAACAAUUGGAUUUUCAGAAUUUGUUUAAGUUUUCUAAAUUAUGAUUGAAACGCUGUAUAACUUGCCUUUUCAAAUUUUGGUACCACCAAACAUCAAAAUUCGCCGUCCAGCAUGGUUUCGCAAACCUUCGCCUAUGGCUAUGUUCUCCAUUGUCUUGCUGUCGUACUUUCUGGUUACCGGUGGAAUAAUCUACGAUGUCAUUGUGGAACCACCCAGUGUUGGUGCUACAGUGGAUGAACAUGGACACUCUCGGCCAGUCGCCUUCAUGCCGUAUCGAGUAAACGGUCAGUAUAUCAUGGAGGGUUUGGCCAGCAGUUUUCUUUUCACCAUUGGUGGAUUAGGUUUCAUUAUAAUGGAUCAAACACACAUCCCCGGAAAAACGAACCUUAAUCGAUUUCUGUUAACUGCUAUGGGAUUUAUUUUUAUACUCGUAUCAUUUUUCACAACUUGGCUCUUCAUGCGCAUGAAAUUGCCCAGUUAUUUGCAGCCAUGAAUAGCACGAGAAGAACGUAGUAGCAGUCAAUUUCUCACUUUCUUCAUUUUGUGUGCAUUGAACUGUAUAAGCUAUUAUAAAAGUUAAAUAUAUAAUUCUAUUCGGUGAAA